AGUCCCUAUUUGGAACUGCUCUCGCGGCAGUUCAGACCUCGUGCUCGUCCCCCUGCCUGUCUGUGUGUGGUAUCCGCAAGGUUCGGGCACUUUUUUUGGGGGGGUGUAUGUUGUAUGUGUGUCUGGUGUGCGUGUCAGGGUGUGUGUUUGCUGGCUUGUCGGCGCGCAGAGAGAAAAGCCGGGCCGAGGGGAAAGAAGGAAGCCGCAGAGCUCCUCGGUCUCGGGCUGCGUCUCCCCACCAGCGCUCUCCUGUCUGCGCGCACCCUGGAGGCGGCUGAGCCGGGCACCAGCGCUCGGACUGAGAGCAGCGAGGACCCCUUUGCGCGGAGGCUUCCCUUGUAUGCUGGAGUUAGGAUGCCAGAAAGGUUGACUUGCACCUACUGAACCUGGAGUAGUUUCCCCGGCUCUCGGAAGACCUAGGAGCGGCGGCGGCGGCAGUAGCAGACGGAACAGCAGGCGCUCUUAUCCGAGGGGGGGCGUCGAAGCGCCAGGCUCCCGCCCUCGCCCUCCGCUGUUCUCGCGGCCCCAAGCCGCCACCCGGUGCCUACCUCCUUCUCAUCCUCCACGCCGCGAGCCCGGGGUUCGCUCUGGGAUCGGACUCGUGCGCCCCGGAUGCUGGGGCUGUCCCGACGCGCCCCCCUGCCGGCGCGACAGGCUGAGUGAUCUAGAGGGGGCCCUUUGCUCGCCCCAGGAGAGGCGGCAGGCCUUGGGACCCGCGCUGGACUCUUGGAGGAGACGAACAUGUCCUCACAGUCUCCUGCUCUGAUCCGCCAGACGCAGCCCCGGGAAGGCUACCGUCCCCAGCCCGCCGAUCCCUAGGCGCACAAAGCCCAUUGCCGCCCGCCUGCCGGCUUCGGCGUCCGCCGACGACUUCGCUGCCUGCUCUGUGGCUCUUUGUCUCCGCUUGGAGCGGGCGCUCGACUCUGGGAUUUCGCUGCGAGAGCGGGCUGGGGGGGCCGGGGGCGAGCUCCCGCUUUCCCGGCCGCCCCCUGCUCAGGCUCGGUUCCCCCCUCCCCCGCAUCUCCCCAUCCCGGGCUCUCGGCGCUUCCACGCUCUCGGAAUCACGACCCCUCCCUGCCAUGUAUCCGCAAGGCAGACAUCCGGCUCCCCAUCAACCCGGGCAGCCGGGAUUUAAAUUCACCGUGGCUGAGUCUUGUGACAGGAUCAAAGACGAAUUCCAGUUUCUGCAAGCUCAAUAUCACAGCCUUAAAGUGGAGUACGACAAGCUGGCAAACGAGAAGACAGAGAUGCAGCGCCAUUAUGUGAUGUACUAUGAGAUGUCCUACGGCUUGAACAUUGAAAUGCACAAGCAGACAGAGAUUGCGAAGAGACUGAACACCAUUUUAGCGCAGAUCAUGCCUUUCCUGUCACAAGAGCACCAGCAGCAAGUGGCGCAGGCCGUGGAGCGCGCCAAGCAGGUCACCAUGACGGAGCUGAACGCCAUCAUCGGGCAACAGCAGCUCCAGGCACAGCACCUCUCCCAUGCCACGCACGGCCCCCCGGUCCAGCUGCCACCCCACCCGUCGGGCCUCCAGCCUCCAGGGAUACCCCCAGUGACGGGGAGCAGCUCAGGGCUGCUGGCUCUUGGUGCCCUGGGCAGCCAGGCCCACCUGACAGUGAAGGACGAGAAGAACCACCAUGAACUUGACCACAGAGAGAGAGAAGCAAGCGCGAAUAAUUCAGUAUCACCCUCGGAAAGCCUCCGGGCCAGUGAAAAGCACCGAGGCUCCACAGACUACAGCCUGGAAGCUAAGAAGCGGAAAGCAGAGGAGAAGGACAGCCUGAGCCGAUAUGACAGUGACGGGGACAAGAGUGAUGAUCUGGUGGUGGACGUGUCCAAUGAGGAUCCAACCACGCCCCGGGUCAGCCCGGCACACUCCCCUCCUGAAAAUGGGCUGGACAAGGCCCGAGGCCUGAAGAAGGAUGCCCCCACCAGCCCCGCCUCUGUGGCCUCUUCCAGCAGCACACCGUCCUCCAAGACCAAAGACCUUGGUCAUAAUGAUAAGUCCUCCACCCCUGGGCUCAAGUCCAACACGCCAACUCCAAGGAAUGAUGCCCCGACUCCCGGCACCAGCACGACCCCCGGGCUCCGGUCAAUGCCAGGCAAACCUCCAGGCAUGGACCCGCUAGGUAUAAUGGCCUCCGCCCUGCGCACGCCCAUCUCCAUCACCAGUUCCUACGCGGCACCCUUUGCCAUGAUGAGCCACCACGAUAUGAACGGCUCUCUCACCAGCCCUGGCGCCUACGCCAGCCUGCACAACAUCCCCCCACAGAUGAGUGCCGCGGCCGCCGCUGCAGCUGCCGCCUAUGGCCGGUCGUCAAUGGUUGGUUUUGACCCUCACCCGCCCAUGAGGGCCACAGGCCUGCCCUCAAGCCUCGCCUCCAUUCCUGGUGGAAAACCAGCCUACUCCUUCCAUGUGAGCGCCGACGGGCAGAUGCAGCCCGUGCCCUUUCCCCACGACGCCCUGGCUGGCCCCGGCAUCCCCAGGCACGCCCGCCAGAUCAACACCCUGAGCCACGGCGAGGUGGUGUGCGCCGUGACCAUCAGCAACCCCACGCGGCACGUCUACACGGGCGGCAAGGGCUGCGUGAAGAUCUGGGACAUCAGCCAGCCGGGCAGCAAGAGCCCCAUCUCCCAGCUGGAUUGCCUGAACAGGGACAACUACAUCAGAUCCUGUAAGCUGCUCCCUGACGGGCGCACGCUCAUCGUAGGCGGCGAGGCAAGCACACUCACCAUCUGGGACCUGGCCUCACCCACGCCCCGCAUCAAGGCUGAGCUCACGUCCUCCGCUCCCGCCUGCUACGCCCUGGCCAUCAGCCCCGACGCCAAAGUCUGCUUCUCCUGCUGCAGUGACGGGAACAUUGCCGUCUGGGACCUGCAUAACCAGACCCUGGUCAGGCAGUUCCAGGGCCACACGGAUGGAGCCAGCUGCAUAGACAUCUCCCACGAUGGCACCAAGCUGUGGACAGGGGGAUUGGACAACACCGUCCGUUCCUGGGACCUGCGGGAGGGCCGGCAGCUGCAGCAGCAUGACUUCACCUCUCAGAUCUUCUCUCUGGGGUACUGCCCUACUGGGGAGUGGCUGGCCGUGGGCAUGGAGAGCAGCAACGUGGAGGUGCUGCACCACACGAAGCCUGACAAGUACCAGCUGCACCUACAUGAGAGCUGUGUGCUCUCUCUCAAGUUUGCCUACUGCGGCAAGUGGUUCGUGAGCACGGGGAAAGAUAACCUCCUGAACGCCUGGAGGACGCCUUACGGAGCCAGCAUAUUCCAGUCUAAAGAAUCCUCAUCUGUCUUGAGUUGUGACAUUUCAGCGGAUGACAAAUACAUUGUAACAGGCUCUGGUGACAAGAAGGCCACAGUUUAUGAGGUCAUCUACUAAACAAGGACUCCAACAGGGCUGUCAGACCGUGGGAGGAAGAGACUCGGCUCUGACAGCGAGAUCGCGGACGGCGGCCCCAGAGGGCGCAGAGGACGGGCGCCUGCGGCCGCCACGUAUUCCAGGCCAGGCUGCUCCCCAGUGGGCUGCAAGGGUGCACGUCGUGGUCCUGGCUCCUUGGCGGGGACUGACGUGGCUCAUGGACUUUGUGGAUCGCCCCUUCCUCCUCCCCUAACAGCCCUGGCAAAUGUUACAAAUAGAAUUCCUUGGAGGUU